AUGCCAGGGAUAUCGUGCCAAUGUGCAAGUGCUCAUGAAUACUGUGCUGUCUGUUCUGCAGAAAGAUCUCUUGAUUCACCACAUAUGUGUACCAAUGUUACUAAGUGCAGGAAUUGCUGUGGUGAUCAUUCUUAUACAUAUUCUCAGUGCCCUGCAUUGUUACAGUAUAGAAGAGAAUUAAUUAAACAGCUGCUGGAAAAAGAUACGGUUCCUGAUCAUGUACACAUACCUAAAGCAUUUAGAAGUCGUCCGAACAGCGUUUUUCCUCUUACACCUGCACAAAAUCGUGUUACAUCUCAUGUUAAACAACAGGUUAAUCGUACAGUAUCACCAGUAUCGGAAAUUAAUAAAGCUCAUGUUCAUACAAUGUUGAAUCUUAGUAAUCAAAUUAACAUGUUAGGUGCAAAAGUCGACCGUGUAUCAUCAAAAGUAGAACAAAUGAAGCGUUUAGUUAGCAAAGUUGUAAUUCCAUGUGUAUUUACAUUAGCUGAUUCGUUAGUUAAAUUGGACGAAAAAAUAUCUUGUAUGGAAGAUAACUGCUCAACUCGAGACGCUACUAUUUUCUGGAAGUACACAGCAAAACAUUUUACUACUUAUGCUCCUCAAAUUAAAGCGCUAACUCAUGAAAACGACCUAAUUUCCGAUCCACAACAGAUUUUAGACCGUUUUGCUGAACAUUAUAAAAAUCACUUUCGUUUACCGGUAGAAGAGAUUUUACGCGAAACUAAAGAAGAAGUGCAACAAGAGCUAGAAUUUUCGACAGAUCCAGGCGAUCCUUUUGUGGUAACGUAUCAUGAAAUUGAGAACGAACUAAAUCAUUUAAAAUCGAAACGUGUGCUCGAUCCUUAG